AAUUGGCCAACAACACAAGCCGAGGGAUUGAGGGGAGAAAUCAGCCGUCUGAAAAGGAGAGGAUGGGCUGGGCACGUCGGAACCGUGAAAAAGAAAAAGAAUUCAGCGACAAGACAGCGCGCGAUAAUUGACUGACAACGCCGAUGGCUCAGCAGCACGAUCAUCACGAGUUUACGGGCCCCCGGUCGCGAUUGUCGGCCGCCGAUUCACACACAGGCGAGAGCAGCGGCGCCAGCCGAUUGCAGCAACAGCCGACCGACCCUUUCCGCCGGGUCUCUGAAGAAGGAACUUCGCCGCGUGCAUCACCGCCGCCGUCGAACCCUGAGGACUCCCAAGCGACUUCGGUUGCGUACCGCGAUUUCCCAUCGGCACCAUCUCCCACCGCCACAAUUUCUUCCCACAUCAUGCCUCAGUACACAUCCCGCGACGGGGGCGACCCGUCGCAAAUCAGGAAGAACAAGCAGAGCAUGGCCGACCUGAAGCUCCGCAGGCUGACGGAGCUCAACUCGCGGCUACGCGAAGACCUGGACCGGGAACGCAUUCCCGUAAGCGGGGCUUCCAAGAGCAUCAUCGCCUACUGCAACAGCACCAGGGACUACAUGGUGCCCAGCGUUUGGGGCCCGGUGCCCAAGGGAGAGGACCCCUACGCGCCACAACAAAGCGGCGGGUGCUGUAUAGUCAUGUAGGGCUCUUGAGCUAGUUAACCCCGACUUGGACGCGGAGAGCCGACCCCUAGCUUCGGGUUCGCACUGCCAUCCCGGGCUGGUUGUGUCUCGUGGAGCG